AUGAGUAACGCUGAUGAACAGCAACUGCCUGUACCUGCCAAAACGAGGAUACAAUUACCUCCACUUCAAGCACCAAAACAUCGUGUGUCGUCAUCAUGGACAGAGAAUUUGGAACCGUCUAUGGAUAUUAAAUCACCUCCACCCAUUAAAUCACCAGAAGAAAAACCUGGACCUUCAAAGGCGUUUUUCUCACGAGCUUCCAGUGAAGUUAAGCCGUUUUCUGAAGAUGAAGUUACCUCACCGAAGCCGGCACCAUCACCACUUAGUGAUUCUAUGAAGGAAGACAGCAAGGAAGAAAAACCAGAGAAAAGAGGCCGACGAGAUUCGAUCAAAGAGCAUCUUUUAAAAUUCAAAAUGAAGGCCGGGAAGGUACUGGAAGACGUACACGAUCGCCUUGUAGAAGAUCACUCUUCAGUGGCUGUCGCUCCAAUGUCGGUGAGCUGGCAAUAUAGUGAUAGUAAGAAAGUGACAAACAUGACUACUAGUAAGGGGCUGCUGCCAAUUUUGGACUAA